AUGCCUCCUCGGAACCUGCCCAGAUCGCCCUUUGCUGGUAUUGGAGCUGGCAGUAGUAUCGUAGCCAACCUCACUCGAGAGCCUACGACUCCCGUCCGCGCAGCUCACGCGCUUGCCACCCCCGGCAGCAACUCCACCACUCCACGCAGACACGAUGGCCUUCCUCUCACCGGUGCGCAUCCAUCGACCUUUGCUACCUUUUCCGACUCCGACUUUACCAGUUCGGGCGGUGUCAGCGACAGUUUAUCCCGCGCCUUCUUCGUCGAUGUCAUUCUAGAAGGGGAAGUCGGCUCUGCCACUUCUUCCUUCUCCUUGUCAAAGUCCAACGCCACUGCCGCUUUCGAAGCCUGGCUGGGUGACAGCGUCCACGAUUAUGAUGCCGAUGUCUCCGCUGGCUCAGGCGCUCGUCGAGAUUCCUCAGCGGUUCCCAGGUCAUCCAGCGGCUCCAGCAUUACUGCUGUGUCUUCUUCCUCUGCCGCUUCUUCCUCGCCCUCCACCAGCACAAUGCCUUCCAAUGUGGACCCGUCACGCCUCUUUGGUCGCGUUCAGGAACUCAUCGACACCGAGCGCAGCUACGUCAAGCGCGUCGAUGUGCUCCACCAAAAGUAUGCCAUUCCACUCCGCACUCUGGCAAAGGAUCGCGAACAGGCCAUCAUUCCCCUCUACGAGGCUCAAAAGCUCUUUGGCAACAUCGGCGAAAUUGCAGGUGCAAACCGCGCCUUCCUCAACGAUCUCGAGCGACUGGCUUCCCAAGGUCACGACUCUCUCCGCGCAGGGCUUGGUGACGCCCUCUACAACCACAUGUCUUGCUUUUCGUGCUACACAGAAUACUUUGCCAACUUCGAAAAGGCCAAGCACAUCGAACGCACCUUGGCGAAGCACCGUGCCUUUUGUGACUUUACCGACCGAACCCGCUACUCGGUCACCGACAUCGGCAACACUGGUCUCCGAGAUCUCCUCAUGGAACCCAUCCAGCGCAUUCCACGCUACAAGCUCCUCAUCGAUGCUAUCCUAAAGCAUGUCGAGCCUCGCGACCCUCUGCGCAGCCGACUCGAGCAAGCCAUUUCACUCGUCAGUCGCAUCGCCAGCUGCGAAGCCGACGAAAAGACACGUAGAGCCGCCAUCUUGUGGAGCUUCAGCCGCAACGUCGACGCUUUCCCAGCCGAGCUCAUCAGCGCACAUCGCAGAUUCAUCGAUUGCAUCGACGUAGACGACUUUCCCCUCGACGCCUCGGCUGCUUCCUCCGGCAUCGCUGCUUCCUUUUCCGGUCUCAAGCCCAUCCCAUGUACACUCUUCCUCUUCGAUGACCGUAUUGUCGUUGCAAAACGCGCUCAUGCUUCCACAAGCGGUCGCAGGCUGGUCGGCCUCGACGACAUUGGACGACUCACUUCACAGAUGAAAAUCGUUUCUGAAAAGAGCUCCAGCGGAUCUCUGCUUGCUCCAGGCAAACGCGCUGACCUCGCCUUCCGAGGCACCAUCGGCCUCAUGGAUGUUGACGCUCAGGAUCUCGGAGGCGCGGACUUACAGCUCACCAUGCUUCGUCAACCCAGCCAUGUUACGGGGGACAAAUGGACGAAUCGACCUCUGCGCCAGUAUGUGGCCGUAGACACUUCGGCUUCCGCCCCAUCCACAUACGCAUCACGCAGCCAGCAUGGCUCGUCAUCACUCGAUGCAGACGUUUCCGCCAAGCUGGAAAAGAUGCGCUUCCUCGAGAGCCUUUGGAAAGCAAAGGCGCUCUACAAAGCUGGCCAGGCCGGCUGUGACACAAGAUGCAUCGUCGUACCCGCCUCUCGUCAACGGCUCGACUCCAGCGACGCAAUUCUUGGAGGUAUCGGGUCGAGAUCCAUGCUACAGGAUGCGCGCAAGCUCGUCUACUUUCACCUGCAUACCAAGCACAGCUAUAAGCAUCAGCUACAUCAAUCCGCCCUAGCAAUGUCCGUGGAUGACCGCGGCAUCGACUCACGCACAAGUCUCGGCAGCUCGGAACCGACGCAUCCACACGCUAUCCUCGACGUGAGUCACAUCGACGAGAUGGAGGAGGAGUUCGUGGCACAAGUCCGCACCAAAGGGGCACAAGAUGGAGACGAAGUGCGCGGCGAGGCGCACACUUUAUCUUCGGCAGAUCUCGGAGACCACAUCGCACAGCUGUCUGACGAAGUCGACAAGCGCUUCGGCAGUGGCGUCCGCACCCAUGCACUCAGUCAGCCUGGCACUCCUUCGGGAUCCGGUUUCCGUCAGCGAGCAAAGGCAGCCGCCGGUCUCGAGAACUUCGGUCGCUCUCUGCUCUUCGGCGUCAGCGGCGCCGCAUCGAGCAUCUCAAGUGCCGGCAUCUCCAGUAUCGACGUUUUUGGAUCCCCUACACGUCGCAGCAACAGCAAUGCAUCCAAAAGUACUAUGAGCAGCAACGCAGCUUCCAUCAACAGCCGCGGAACUACCAUGUCAACCGCAGGAACCAGCAUAAGCAGUCGCAGCGCAGCAUUCGAUGCGCUCUCGCGUGGCGGCACCACCAACUCGCCAGGCUCUUUCAGACGCUUCGGCAGACGCCGAUCUUCCUCGGUAGGCCCACCCUCUAGCGCAGCCAGCCGCUGCGGCGUGGACAGUGCUGACGAGGAUGAGGAUCGCCUUCUGCGUAGGGCGCGUGCUGCCACGCCCGAUCCAAUCUCGUUGUUGUCGACAUCCGCGGGUGCUUCGUCUUCGGCUUCGCCGCUCAAAACCAGAACUGGAACCCUUGUUGGAGGACGAGGCGUGGGCGGCCAUGUUCGAGCUAGGACGGAAAGCGCUGCGCCGACCGCGGCAAGCUGGUCUCCCAUAAAAUCUCAGGCGCCGUAUCAGCAACGCCAGAGAGCCGACUCAGUCGAGCUCUCUCGGACACCGAGCUCCGCAGGUCGGAGACCGACGGGUCCCAGAAAGCCGACUAGUCCCAGUCCUGCGCCACCCUCUGCAACCAAAGAGCUGGAAUCACAGUCUUUACUCACCAACGGCCCAACCACCCCACUCAACAUUCGUCGCAAACCAGCGCCAACAGCUGCUCUUGAUUACGUUCACGCAGAGGACGACAGUGUGGCCACGCCUGUCAGGACAAGACCUGCAUCCAGCAUGAGCGCCUAUGGUGCAGAGGCUGCGGACAAGAGCGACGACAGCCUGCCUCGAGUGGCCAGGAGGCGCGUCUCGGGAACCAAGAGGCCGCUGUCGUCUAGCGAUGCUGACAUCGCCGAACCAGGCAGAGAGCGCUCCCUCACCAAACGGCCGUCUCUGGGUCGUGAUGACGAAGUCGGCGUUCCUCGCCAUGGGGCGACGCUGCCGCGUUCAACUCCAUUGGCUAAACUGUCGACGGAAAUGCAGAGAGAGCGACCGUCCCUUUCAGAGAGCGAGACGUCAACCGAGCGCGGGCAUGGCGAGAGCGGCAAGAAGGACAACUCCUCUGCGCUUUCGCCUGCGAAAGCACCGGUCACGCCGGCUCGCACAUCCUCAACCGCCUCAAAGUCGCAAGAAGCGCGGCGCAGAAACGAAGCCAUGGAGCACGGACUGCGCCUCGUCAAAGAGGAGAUGAAUCUGCUAAGGUGCGAUGUCGAGAUCCUGCAGAGCAGCAUGGCUGCGAUCGAAGCCGAAACUCGCACGCCACGCAAGCGACGCGCCGAUGAUUCGACAGUGCUCAAAGAACUUGAUUUCAACGCCACCGCGUCCAUGACUGCUGAGGUCGAUCACAUCCACUCGCGCAUCAAGAAGCUCAACUUUCUCUUUUCCGACGUCGACUCGAAAUGGAUCUCUUCGAUCCGUAUGCAUAACCGCAUCGUGCACGAUCUCAAUAAUGCUAGCGCCGCGCUUGCCUCUGCGUCCGCUGCUGCCGCUAACGCUGCGGAUCCCGUGCAGGCACACAGCGACGCGGAGGCUGCGUUGAACAAAGAGAAAGAGAAGCUCGAGAUCCAGGUUUCUGCUCUAAAACGCAAAUGCGAGCUCCUGACGACGCUCGAGGCAGACGGGCGGCUCGAAAACACCGAGAUUCACAAAGCCUUCAACGAGGAGCUGGACAUGCUCUACGACCAUACGCAGACGCCCGAGAACGACGAGCUGGCUUUUCUUCGACAGGAACUCAAGCGCACCAAAGCAGAUCAGCAUCAGCUCAUGGUCGAGAACAAGCGACUCAAACGCGACCUUGCCGUCGAGCAGACUCAAACACAGACCUACAGGGUCGCGCUCACCAACCACGGUCUUUUGUGA